ACGUUCCCACAUGGUGAAAAUGGCUGCGAAUGGGGAAAAACAGCAGGGCCACAGAGCCGGCAUAUACAAACAGAAAAAUAAAGGCCACAAACAUGGCAAGCACCGGACGAAAGGGGAAAUUGAGAGAGAAAAUAAAGGGAGAGUGUCUGUGACGGCCCUCACCAAAAAACAGAGGAAAGAACAAAAGAAGAUGGACAGAAGACACAAAGCAAAUCAGCUUCGCAGGAACAAGAAAGACAUGGUCCUGACAGAAAAGCGACGUCUCGGUAGCAGGGAUGGCCCCCCUCAUUUGGUCGCCGUGCUUUCCCUCCACGCUGCAGUUGAUGCAGCUGUUGUCACCAAACUGCUGCGUGGGGAGGGCGCUGGGGGUGUCGUACAUCAGGAGCGCUGCAUCAGUGGCAUCAGUGACAGCUUUGGGCUGAUUCUGCCCCGCUUUAAACAAAGGUUCACCUUUCUGAGCCAAAGCACAGCUGACAUGCACUCCCUGCUGGAUGUGGCAAAGAUUGCAGAUAGCCUCGUGUUUGUGCUGGACUCUACUGAAGGUUGGGACACCUAUGGGGACCACUGUCUGUCCUGCCUCUUUGCACAGGGCCUCCCCAGCCAUGCCCUGGUGUGUCAGGGCAUGUCUGAUCUCCAUGUGAAGAAGAAGGUCGAAUCCAGGAGAGCUCUGUCAAAGAUCACUGAGAUCCGCUUUCCCGAUACUCGCCUCUUCCCUCUGGACUCAGAGCAGGAUGCCACCUUACUCCUCAGACACCUGGGUGCACAGAGACAGAGGAAGCUCGGUUUCCGCUCCAGACGGUCCCAUCUUUUAGCCCAGCAUGUGACUUUUACACCAAACAGCCCAGCUGAGGGGACAGGCGGGGGACCCACGGGCUUGGGCACCCUCUGUGUGUCUGGGUACGUCCGAGGCCAUCCUCUGAGGGUCGACAGACUGGUGCACAUCAGCGGACACGGAGACUUUCAGCUCAGUCAGAUUGACGCUCCAAUAGACCCCCUACCACUAAAUUUAACAGCAGCCAGACCAGCAAAGACUGGCAAGGGGGGAGACGUUGACAUGAUGGAUGGAGGUGAAGAAGAGGCUCCGGUGCGAGUGUUAAUGAAAGCGGACCCAUCCUGCAGAGAGAGUCUGCAGAUGGAGGCUGAGGUGGACCCCAUGGACGGAGAGCAGACGUGGCCGACGGAAACAGAGCUUCUGGAAGCUGAAGAGGCCAGGAAGAACAAGCGUGUGAUGAAAGUCCCUAAAGGAACAUCAGACUACCAAGCCGCAUGGAUCGUUGAUGACGACGACGAGGAGAACGGAGAGGGGGAUGAAGAAAGCAGCGAGGAUGACGAUGACAAUGACGACAUGUUGGACGAGGCCAUGGAUGGAGAUGAUGAAGAGAUUAACUCUCAGGACGCAGGCUCUGAAGAAGAAGAUGAUGAGGAAGAGGAGGAGGAAGAGAUAUGCUCCACCGAGCGAACUGGAGCAGACCAGCGCUACGAUGAGCACAUGGAUGAAGCUGCAGAACAAGAAGGUCUGAAACGUUACCGUGAAGCUCGAGCCAACGAAAUGUUCCCUGAUGAGGUGGACACGCCCCUCGACAUGGCGGCUAGAAUCAGAUAUCAGCGCUACAGAGGUCUGAAGAGUUUCCGCUCCUCGCCAUGGGACCCCAUGGAGAACUUGCCUCUCAACUACUCUCGCAUCUUCCAGUUUCAGAGCUUUGAACGCACUCGCCACCGCGUCCUGGCUGAGGCUGCUGCUGAGGAAGAGGGAGCCAUGGCCGGCUGGUAUGUGACGCUGCAUAUCAUUGACGUGCCAAUUUCUGUGAUGGAGAGCGUCCAGGCAGGCCGACCUCUGAUAUUGGUGUCCCUGUUGCCCCAUGAACAGAAGAUGUCAGUGAUGCACCUCCUGGUGAGGAGACACCCCAGCAACACAGAGCCCAUUAAAUCCAAAGAGGAGCUGGUGUUCCACUGUGGGUUUCGGAGGUUCAGGGCGGCUCCCAUCUUUUCUCAGCACACCUCAGCUGACAAGCACAAGAUGGAACGCUUCCUCAGGCCAGAUGCCCCCACCGUGGUGUCCGUGUACGCUCCCAUCACCUUCCCGCCCGCAGGAGUCCUGCUGUACAAACAGAGGGAUGACGGCAUCCAGGACCUGGUGGCUACAGGCAGCCUGCUCAGCUGUGACCCUCGGCGUGUCGUGCUGAAGAGGAUAGUGCUGAGCGGACACCCAUUCAAAAUUAACCGGCGCUCUGCUGUUGUCCGUUACAUGUUCUUUAACAGGGAUGAUAUCAUGUGGUUUAAACCAGUUGAGCUCAGAACAAAGUGGGGUCGAAGAGGACACAUCAAAGAGGCUUUAGGAACACACGGUCACAUGAAGUGUGUGCUUGACAGCCAGCUGCGCUCUCAGGACACCGUCCUGAUGAAUUUGUACAAGAGAGUGUUUCCCCGCUGGACGUUCGAUCCCUAUGUACCCUUGCCGUUACCCUGGGUGAAGAACGAGGCCAUUGUGGAGAUGGAUGACUUGGACAUGGAGUAGUGAAUGGACUACAUUACAAUGCAAGGAACACAGAGCAUGUACUAACACACAGAGUCAGUGUGAUCACAUGACAUCAUAAAAAAGUAAACCUUAUUGAUUAAAACUA